CAUACUCGAAAGAACCCACUUUGGACUUUGCCAUUUCUCUUCUUAUUCCUUCUUUUCUUUUCUGUCUCACUGUCUGUACAAAAACAAAGAAAUAUUGAGUUUUUGCAGAGAAAGGAAGAAACUUUUUAGCAUGAACGAGAAGGCUAACGUUUCUAAAGAGCUUAAUGCUAAGCACAGAAAGAUCUUGGAGAGCCUUUUAAAAUUACCAGAAAACCGAGAGUGUGCUGACUGUAAAACCAAAGCCCCAAGAUGGGCAAGUGUGAAUCUGGGAAUUUUCAUAUGCAUGCAAUGUUCAGGGGUCCACAGAAGUCUUGGAGUACACAUAUCAAAGGUGAGAUCUGCCACUUUAGACACUUGGCUUCCGGAGCAGGUCGCAUUUAUUCAAUCUAUGGGGAAUGAGAAAUCAAACAGCUACUGGGAAGCAGAGUUGCCUCCUAAUUAUGACAGAGUUAGAAUUGAGAAUUUCAUUCGUGCAAAGUAUCAAGAUAAGAAAUGGGUUCCUAGGAAUGGGAAAGCAAGAUCUCCUUCAAGGGCGACUGAAGAGAAGGUUUCAGUUCAUAGUCUGCGAAAUGCAAAUAUUGGGCAAAGAUUUACAAAUAACAUAAAUCAUGUUUCCGAAGAGAGGAAUAUUGCUCAGCUCCCCAUUCCAAAUAACCACAACAUUCCUGCUUCAAAACCUAGUACUCCAGCAACCAUUAAAGUAGUUCAGCAGCAGGUAAAACCUGAUCCGAAGACCCAAGAAUCUGUGCAGAAUCCAGAACCAGCAGUCUCAAAGGCUGAAUUGACAAAGCAGGAAGCUACUACUACUUCAGUUGUUACACAACGCAAAGUAGAUUAUGCUACUGAUCUUUUUAAUUUGCUUUCCAUGGAUGAUUCAAGAGAAAAUGAUGCCAAGACUUCUACUGAUACAAACACAUGGGCCAAUUUCCAAUCUACAAAUGCAAAAUCAACUGCGGAGAUAAGUAAUUUAUCAAAAACAACUGCAGAGAUAAGUAAUUCAUCAAAAACAACUAAGAGCAAGACACAAUCCAAGUCCAACUAUGGACUUGAGGAUCUAUUUUUAGAGUCACCAUCAGUCCCAUCCAUUUCAGAAAACCCCCAGAAAGAAGUGAAUAGUGAUAUCAUGAACCUCUUUGAAAAGUCUAAAAUGGUGUCUCCAUUUUCUACCCAUCAACAGCAAGUUGCUAUGCUUGCCCAGCAACAGUCCUUACUCAUAGCUGCUUCGGCAAAAUCUACUGGUGGACCUCAAACCUUCCCUGUCAAUGUACAGCAACCUGUCUCUAAUGGUACUUACUUGCCGACUCAUAAUUGGGGAUUUCAUGGCCAUCAAGUUCCAGGAAUGAUGAUGCCAAUCAAUAAUCAGCAAAAAUAUGUACAGAUGGGAAAUGGUCAAUACACAUAUCCAGCAGGGAAUUUAGUUAAUCUUCCAACACCCAGCAUGAAUACACAAUGGCCAAUGGCUCCAGUCAAUGGCGUAGCAAAUAUUAGAGCAAGUACCAGGCCUCCUACAGCGCCUUCAGAUUAUGAUUUUUCAUCUUUAACACAAGGAAUGUUUACAAGACGAUGAUCAAUUCCAAGUCAUGGGUAUACAGAUUCUCAUUAUUAUUCCUCCUUAUAGCAGAAAUGUAUAAAUCACAGAAAACAAUGAGA